UCAUAACUGAACGGCAAGGCAGACGAGAGCACCACUCCUGUGUUUAUAUAUGAAAGAUUACUGACUUCUGUUUGAAGAUAAAGGGUGGGAACAACAAUAAGGACCCUGCUCCAGAGAUGAACCACAAAUGUGGCAAUCGUUGCCUCGGCCCCCUGACUUUUCAUACUUGGGCUGUGGGAGACCAGAUCCACCUGACUGAGGGCUGUCGACGUGCCGAGAGAAAUAAAGACACUUUCAGAGGUGGCGUGGUGUUCAGCAACCGCCCUGUGAGGACCUGCGAGAAGAUCCGGGUAAUGGUGGAGAGGAAAGUGCCUCAUUGGAAAGGAGCCAUGCGUGUAGGCUUCACCAACAUGCCGCCAUCAGCCAGAUCUUUGCCCCUGCCCUGCUUGGCCAUGCCUAACCUCACCAAAACCCAGGGGCACUGGGCCACUCCUGUGCCCGAGUCCUGCUGUGAGGAAGGUUUGGAGCUGGAAUUCUGGGUCUCUGCUUGUGCCCACUUAUCUGUGAGAUUUCACAGCGGCAGGAAGCAAAAACUACCAAUAAAAGUGGACCUCAGUCGGCCACUCUGGGCCAUGAUUGAUGUAUAUGGGCAGACGUGUUCUAUCUUCCUCCUUGGCUCAAAGAAAAAAGAAUGGCUCCUCAAAAAAAGAUCCUGCCCUAAACCUGAACCGAGCCCUCUCAUCAAACGUCUCUGCAGUUUCAAUCCUGAUUAUACGGCACUCAAUGAAAACUCGUAUGACCAUAUCUCCAGCCUUAGCACUGAAGACCCAGCAGAUGAUGGCUGUGUGGUGUGCAUGGGGCAAAAGGCUGAAAUUACACUGCCCUGUGGGCACCGGUGUCUAUGCCCUCACUGCAGCUUCAGGGUCCUGGAACAGUUUGGUACCUGCCCGUUGUGUCGACUGGAGAUUAUCACUUCAUUAGUAAUGGGAACGUGACUCUUUGGAGUUGGCUGAUCGCUUAACCUUGAGGGAGAAGACAUGAAAUGCAAGCUUCUGAGAGACUGUAACACUACAGCAUGCACCUACUGAAUGCAUCCUGAUGCAUAAACCUGAAGUCGUGUGAGUUUCUGAAGCUAAAAUUUCACUGAGUGAAGUAAAACCAUAAAGCUUUCUGUAUUUCAUUUAUAAACAUAAAGCUUGCAAAAAGUUCCCAAAUGGUUGUGUGAAGAAACUUAGUUUUUUAUGCUAUGUAUAAACAAAAGGAAAAUGUGUUUUAUUUUUUAAAAAUUCACUUUUUUGUAUAUGUAAAAUCUUACUUGCACUCAGGCUUAUUUGCAAUCUUGUUUCUAUAAUAAAUAUAUUAUUUCCUUUUUUGUAAAUCCUUUUCAGAAGAAAAAUGUAUAUGAUUAAUGAUUUUUUUAUUGUAUUAAUGUUACAAAUUGUGGCCAUGAUAAUAAACCAUGUUAC